AGUAAAGCUGAAUGUAUCUUUGAGCUUUGAAAAACCUCUGCCUCUUUCCCCUCUCUCUCUCUCUCAAGCAAAGCAGAAUCUCUUGGAAAAGAUGGUGCUGGAAACUCUGAAUCCAAUGCACUACAACAUCACCAGCUUAGUACCGGACGCGAUGCCAGUGGCCACAGUGCCCAUACUCAUUCUCAUGUGCUUUCUGUUUCUCAUGUGGAAUCAUGAAGAAACUUCAUCCAUACCAGGGCCAGGAUACUGUAUGGGAAUCGGUCCCCUCAUUUCACAUGGGAGAUUUCUCUGGAUGGGAGUAGGUAAUGCCUGCAACUACUACAAUAAGACAUAUGGAGAAUUUGUGAGAGUUUGGAUCAGCGGUGAAGAAACAUUUAUAAUUAGCAAAUCCUCAAGUGUGUUCCACGUAAUGAAACACUGGCAUUACGUUUCUCGAUUUGGGAGCAAGCUUGGAUUACAGUGCAUUGGCAUGUAUGAAAAUGGGAUCAUAUUUAAUAACAACCCCGCGCACUGGAAAGAAAUUCGACCCUUUUUCACCAAAGCUCUAUCCGGUCCUGGUCUUGUGCGUAUGAUAGCAAUUUGUGUUGAAUCAACAAUUGCUCACCUGGACAAACUAGAGGAAGUAACCACUGAAGUAGGAAACAUCAAUGUGUUGAAUCUUAUGAGACGGAUCAUGCUUGACACAUCUAACAAGCUUUUUCUCGGGAUCCCUUUGGAUGAACAUGCCAUUGUACUUAAGAUUCAAAACUACUUUGAUGCUUGGCAAGCACUUCUAUUAAAGCCUGACAUCUUUUUUAAGAUUUCUUGGCUGUGCAAGAAAUACGAAGAGGCAGUCAAGGAUCUGAAAGGAGCAAUGGAAAUCUUAAUAGAACAAAAACGACAAAAGCUUUCCACUGUUGAGAAGUUGGAUGAACACAUGGAUUUUGCAUCCCAGUUGAUUUUUGCACAGAACAGAGGGGACCUGACUGCUGAGAAUGUGAACCAGUGUGUGCUGGAGAUGAUGAUUGCUGCUCCUGAUACUCUGUCUGUGACUCUCUUCUUUAUGCUAAUACUGAUUGCGGAGCACCCCACAGUGGAAGAGGAAAUGAUGAGAGAAAUUGAAACUGUUAUGGGUGACAGAGACAUACAGAGUGAUGACAUGCCAAACUUAAAAAUCGUGGAGAAUUUUAUUUAUGAGAGUAUGAGAUACCAGCCAGUUGUGGACUUGAUCAUGCGAAAAGCUUUACAAGAUGAUGUAAUUGAUGGCUAUCCUGUGAAAAAGGGGACAAACAUUAUUCUCAAUAUCGGACGUAUGCAUAAGCUUGAAUUCUUCCCAAAGCCGAAUGAGUUUUCUCUCGAAAAUUUUGAGAAAACCGUUCCUUCACGCUAUUUCCAACCAUUUGGAUUCGGCCCUCGGGGCUGCGUAGGAAAGUUUAUUGCCAUGGUAAUGAUGAAAGCAAUUCUGGUGACUCUUCUGAGACGGUGCAGAGUACAGACAAUGAAAGGAAGAGGCCUUAACAACAUCCAGAAAAACAAUGACUUAUCCAUGCACCCAAUAGAAAGGCAGCCUCUGCUGGAGAUGGUUUUCACACCGAGAAGAAACACAAACAAGAAUCAGGGUGACUAAAAUGAAUUGGCAUCAGCAUUAAAGUUACAGGGCUUUCUCAGCCACAGCCACUAAGAAAUCCCCAUCGUUCC